AUGAUCAAGAUGAAUCACGAGGCUUCCUCCACUGCUUCAACAACGCUCUCCAUGACAGACGACGCGCAUUCGGGAUCGUCGACAUCACAGGUAUGCAAGGAAUCUAUCGACAGUAGGAAUGGCGACAUGGCUCACUCUGCUCAUCUACAUCGCCUUGACGAGGACGUCUUUCGACUCAUCCUCGAGGCUGCACACGAAGCCACCGAAGACAGAUGGGAGCUCCUAUUCGCUACUCGUGUUGCCUCAGUCUGUCGAGCAUGGAGGAGGAUCGCGAUUGACACGCCAUCGCUAUGGGCUAAAAUCUUCCUUUUGCUCCGUCGAACGCACGAUCCGCUUGCAUCACUGUCCACAUACCUCACGCGCUCCCGCUCACAAAGGCUGGACGUCAGGAUCGUCACUAGCAGAUAUUCAGCCUGCACUCCUCCUAAAAUAUUGGGAUAUCAGGCGAAAGUCUUACCUGAUGUAUCCCUCGUCGCUGUCUUCGAACUAUUGGUCCCGCAUAUCCAGCGAUGGCGAUCUAUGACUGUGGACGUCUCACAACCUUCUGAUCUCAUGCAGAUGUGCAUUGAUCUCUGGUGUGGUACUGCAGAAUCAUUGGAAGUGCUAUCAUUGCUCUGCGAGCUGUAUAAUGUUGCCUCAGGACUUCCUCCCCCGCCCAGGCUAUCCCCCUUACAUCUCCCUCCUACCUUCUCUGCGCCAAGGAUGCGUAGUUUAGUCCUACAGUCUACCACUUGGUUCAAGGAUGAGAAGCCUAUGCAUCGAUGCUUCCCUUCACUGGGGAACCUCCAACUACAUUCCACGUCCCUGCCAACUGUAGGGACCUUUUUGGCAAUGUUGCAACCAUUGCGGCAACUGCGCCAUAUCUGCCUUACGGAUAUGGGUGAUCUUGAUGGGCCGCGGAUCCCUGCCGUGCGUCAGAAUUUCCCAGCUCUCGUGUCGAUCACAUUUCGCUUUUUGUAUCCUGAAAUCCCUCCUGGAUUCCUUUCUCUGAUUGAAGCACCGUCUCUGGAGAAGUUAACCAUACAAUUUCCCAUGCUACCGCUCAUCCCUCCAUAUGCCCCAUGCUUCCCAUCCCUCCACAUUCUCCAGAUUGACAAUAGCUUUUAUUACUACACUGCACCCGAGUGUUUUACCCCCGUCGCAGCCUUGAGUGACCAGUUCGAUUGCAUCGAGGUCAUUGGGUUGCAUAAUCGCGGUGCGGUGAUGAGUUUCAUCCGAGCGGUCAAUAGCCGUUCUGUAGUACGAAUUCUAUCCGGGCACUACUCGAUCUCCCUGGAAAUUUGUCACAGGGGCCGAUUUUCAGCACAAAAUUUCCAGCGAGUGGUGAAGCAAAUGAUGAAGGAUUGCACCUCUGCUGGUGCUUCCAAUGGAGCGGAUACGUGGCAGUGGUCUCCCAACACAGCUAGGAUGCAUUUGCACGUCAGGACCUGUAGGGUGCAAUCCCAAAGAAAUGCUGUGCUGUCCCCCAAAGUGCGGCGCUGGUCCGAGGAUACCAUGCAUUCCUUCUCGUGGUCGUCUGAUGUGGAGGGAGAAAACUCUAUUAAAUGGUCCGUCUUGCCUCCUAAUGAGUAA